UGUCAAUGUCGCCAACACACAUAACCUCUCUUGCAUAACCUAAAAUUUUAAAUUUAUUUACAAUGAGUUUUGAUAAUUAUAAAACAGUGAUAGAGGAAGGUGAUACACUGAUCCUUUAUUUGACGAUAAGCCAAAUAUACAGUGUUCGUGCAGAAGCUAAAACUUUAAGUAAGAAAGGAGUCGAAGUCGACAAUGUGUUCCAGACGCCUUACGGAGCCCUCAAGUGUGCGGAUUUGAUAGGGAAGUCCUACGGCUCUAAAAUCACUCUAAGUAAAGGAUGGGGCUACGUAAUGCAGCCCACUCCCGAAUUAUGGACUCAAACACUGCCCCAUCGAACCCAAAUAAUAUACACACCCGAUAUCAGCAUGAUUAUCCUUCAGUUGGAAAUUGCUCCUGGGAGUAUCGUUGUGGAAAGUGGCACGGGGAGUGGGUCUCUGUCCCAUGCACUUAUCCGAGCUGUAAAACCAUCCGGACACUUGUACACGUUUGAUUUCCAUGAAAACAGGGUAAAACUAGUCCAAGAAGAAUUUGCGCAACAUGGUUUAAGUGACUACGUCACCGUCAAUCAACGAGAUGUUUGUUCAAACGGUUUUGGAGAUGAGCUAGAGAAUAAAGCCGAUUCGGUGUUUUUAGACUUGCCACAUCCCUGGCAAGCAAUACCGCACACUUUAAAUGUAAUCAAAGAGACAGGGGGACGUAUUUGUUCGUUUUCGCCAUGUAUAGAGCAAGUCCAAAAGAGUUGCGAGGUUUUGUCAAAAUUAGGGUUUCAAGAAAUACAAACUAUGGAAGUUUUGCAAACUUCGUAUUCUGUGCAAACAAGAAAAUUGCCUGUUCUUGAUUUAGAUUUUCUUAAAAAUGAAAAAGAUGGUACUGAGACAAAGGGCAAAGAAAGGGAGGUUGUGAAAUGUAUUACGGCUGUUCCGCCUGCCACUAUGCCGGGACAUACGGGUUAUUUAACGUUUGCGUCGUUGCCCCCAGUAUGGGCAAGGAAGCUCCAAAUUAGCCUAAACCAGGCCCAGGAAGACAAUUUAUCCGAUUUAUAGAGAAAACUGUAGCGUUUUACAUAUUUUAAGGACAUGUUUUUGUAUCAAUUUAAUUUUUUUAAAAGUA